AUGGCACGUCUCAAACCUUUCAGUCAACAGAAUGCAACGAAUAAUACUCUUUUUAUUCUAACAGGUGGUCCUGGUGAAUCUGGUUGGACUUUUCUUGAAUAUGCAAGUGUUCUUUUUCCACCAACUUAUGGCAUAACUAUUAUACUGCCUGAUCAUCGUGGUAUUGGACUAUCGACUUCCUUAAGUUGUGACGAUUAUGGUUCACAAAAUAUAACUAUUGAUUGUAUUUCCUAUCUUACUUCGAAAUGGGGCAUCGAAGGUUUGAAUCAAUUUUCUAUCACUGCAGCAGCUCAUGAUUUAUCAGUUCAAAUUCGAUAUUAUCAAUCCAUCGUUUCUGGCCGUGUAUCCGUGUAUAGUCUUAGUUAUGGAACAAUGUGGCUUGAUCGUUUUCUUCAAAUCUAUCCAAAUUUAGUUCAAUCAGCUAUUAUGGACAGUGUUGUCAAUCCACAACUUUUCUCUUCAAGUCGUUAUGAUCUUUGGACAUCAUCAGUUGCUUCAAAAUUUUUAGGCUAUUGUCAAUUUCAAUCAGAAUGUAAUCAGUAUUUUCCAGUUGAUGAACCACCUCAAAUCAUGCUAUCGAAAAUACUCAUAGAAUUGUCUGAAAACAAUCAACGUUGUGUCAACAACUACUUUUCACAAUAUCAUUUAACUGAUGAAAAGCUACGAAGUUUAUUUCGCAAUAUGAUGUCAUCAAGCACGUCAUAUUAUGAUCGUACUGUCAUACCAGCAGUCAUAUUUCGUUUGAAUCGCUGUAACCAAGAAGAUGUGACGGUAUUAAAAUUUUUUAUCGACACUACUAUAGGAACUCAAGGAAAUACAGACACAAACAGUUCAACUAUUCCAUCACUUUUCGGUUCUGCUGUGCUCGGUUAUAAUAUUAUUCAAUCGGAGCUGUGGCUUGGUAAAGAUGAAGAUGAAGUCAAUGAAGAGACUAUUUUAGCUUGGCAUGCUUCAACUUUAAUGGCUGCAGAGAAUCCGAAAUAUAUUAUAUCUUUACGAUCUAAAUGGCCUAAAUAUCCAUUAGAUGAAUAUUAUCAUAAAGUGGCUACUAAUUCAACUGUAUUGAUGUUAUCAAGCCAGCUUGAUAUGGCAGCAAAUCUUGAUUAUGCUAUUCAUCUUGCAACAAUGACAGCUAAAACACGAACAUUCUAUGCUUUUCCAUUGGUGGGUCAUGUUAUUAUUCCUAUAGCGCUACUUGGCUAUCAGUGUCCACUAAAAUUAAUGUGUUCAUGGGCAUUUCCUGAUUUAUUUCCAUUAGAAUGGAAUGAUCCUAGCUGUAUUCAAGAGUUUCCUACGAUAAUAGAUUUUGUUGGAGCUCAUGAGCAAGGCAGACUUGUCUCAAUGCAUUAUUUGAAUAUAUCAAAGCCUUUUGACAAACUUAAUUCAAGUGUUCUUCCGAAUUCAAGUAUCCGUUCGAUGAGUGCUUAUGACUUUUUCAUUUACUUUUCCCUCUUUUUUCUCAUAUUGCUUGUCGAGAUUAAUUGA